GCCAAAACUGCGUUGAUAGUCUACUUCUGAGGAAAGCGAAGGGCGAAAACCCGAUUCCAUACGUUCUGCCAUGUACUGUUACAUUUUUACAUUAUUUCCGGUAGAUUACGCUAUCAUUCCAUAACGAAUAACGAGCUGCACUGUCAAAAUUUGUGAGAACCUGUACUCUCCUAAAAUGAAUGUUUGAGGAUUUAUGGACUGAACCGGGGGGAGUCGCUCGUAUUAGAACUGUUCUUGUGUUGAGAAACAACAGAAAAGACAGUUCAACACCCAUCAUCAGCCGUAAUUUCUAAUCCAUUAACACUUAAAUGAGUGCCGACGUUUUCAAACUGACGCGGAGUCGUGGGAAUGGCGUGGGAAAAUAACGCGUUCACUUAUGGAUUGGUUUCAAACGAAAGGAUGUUAUGUUUUCUUGAUGUCUGGAUUCUUUAAAGCAGGUGUUUAGGGGUCCUUGUAACCACGAAGGAAACAUCAACUGUAGUUGAUCCUCAGACAAGAAGCCUCGGUCUCGGCAGGAAAAAAGUGAUCGACGAAGACUGAGGUGUUACCUCUCCAAGGGCCCAUGGAUCUCCCUGUGGUGUUGUUUCUGCUGUGGGGACUGUUACUGGACUUGCUGAGUGGUGCGGUGGGUGGCAUUCUAUACCGCAUGCAUGAGGAACAACCUCCGAGCACACUGAUUGGCAGUCUGGCGGCUGACCAGGGCCUACCAGACACUGGACACCUGUACAAACUGGAGGUGGGCGCUCCCUAUCUGCGGGUGGAUGGCAAAACUGGAGAUAUCUUUACAACUGAGAUCCCCAUAGACAGAGAGACACUGAAGGAUUGUCGUAAUAAAGGCAAGCCCUGCUUUCUGGAGUUUGAGGUGUCUGUCACAGACCUUAUUCAGAAUCAGAGUCCACGGCUGAUAGAGGGAAGGAUCGAAGUGCAGGAUAUCAAUGAUAACACACCACAGUUCCCCUCACCUGUCCUAACCCUCUCAGUUCCAGAGAACACCCACGUGGGGGCACUCUUCUCAAUUCCACUGGCCACUGACAAAGAUACAGAGAGAAAUGGAGUAGCUGACUACACCUUAACAGCAGGACCAGAGGCUGUAGCACUCUUUGGUCUGCAAGUUGCAGAGGACAGAGGUGAAAAAUUGCCUCAACUCAUUGUGUUGGGAAGCCUUGAUCGAGAACGGAAAGACUCCUACGAUCUCACCAUCAAAGCUGUGGAUGGAGGCAAUCCACCUCGCUACAGCAGUGCCUUGCUAAGGGUCGUCAUUGCUGAUGCCAACGACAAUGCACCCCAAUUUGAAAAAUCCUCCUACGAAGCAGAGGUCGCAGAGAACAGCCCAGUUGGGCAUUCUGUGUUACAGGUGAAGGCUAAUGAUUCAGACUUGGGUCCUAAUGGUGAGAUUGAAUACACAUUACAUCAGGCCAUUGAUCCUGUGCCAAAACUUCUCCGGAUAGACCGCUCAUCAGGCAUCAUAUAUGUCAAAGGCCCAUUGGAUUAUGAGGAGAUCAACAAUUUGAAGUUUUAUGUCGUUGCACGAGACAAAGGCCCCUCACCCAAAAGUUCUAAAACAUAUGUUUCUAUUGAUGUGACUGACCAAAAUGACAAUGCACCAGCAGUGGAAAUCCGAGGCAUUGGUCUUGUGACCCAUAGUGAUGGAGUAGCAAACAUUUCAGAGGAUAUGCCUGUAGGCACUGCAGUGGCAUUGGUCCAGGUUUCAGACAAGGACGAGGGAGAGAAUGCUGUGGUGACAUGUGUGGUUGCUGGUGAUGUUCCUUUCCAGCUUCGGCCAGCCAGUGAUUCAUCAGUUGACAACAAGAGGAAGUAUUUUCUGCAGACCACAACACUUCUGGACUAUGAGAGGGUUAGGGACUACCGGGUGGAGAUAGUGGCAGUGGAUUCAGGCAAUCCAGCUCUGUCCAGCACUAACUCGCUAAAAGUCCAAGUGACUGACACAAAUGACAAUUCCCCCAUUUUCUCACCGACUCUGUUUGAAGUGGAGUUUGCUGAGGAGAACCAGCCAGGAGAAAAGGUGGUAGAUGUAGUCGCCUCAGAUGCAGACAGUGGCACUAAUGCAGAGCUGGUCUACAGCAUUAUUGCAGACUCUUCAACAAGGGGACUUUUUGAGAUUGACCCUAACUCAGGUGAAAUACGUGCUCGGAGCCCUCUUGAUCGUGAGCACAAGGAGCGCUACGAGUUCCGUGUUACUGCAGCAGAUAAAGGGGUUCCCAGUCAAAAGGGUACUGCCACAGUUGUAAUCAAAGUACUUGAUCGGAAUGACAAUGAUCCCAAGUUCAUGCUGAGUGGAUACAGCUUCUCAGUCUUGGAGAACAGGUCACCCCUUAGCCCUGUUGGCAUGGUAACAGUACAGGACAUGGACAAGGGUGAGAAUGCUCAAGUGCAACUUUCUGUGGAACCGGAUGUGGGCAAAUUUGUGAUCCAGAAUGGGACUGGCACUAUUCUGUCCAGUAUCUCAUUUGACAGAGAGAAGGAGAGCAGUUACACAUUCCGCUUGAAAGCUGUAGAUGGAGGGGAUCCACCAAGGUCAUCUUACGUUGGAGUGACCAUCAAUGUCCUCGAUGAGAAUGAUAAUGCCCCUGUUGUCACCAAACCAUCUAACUCAUCCUUCAUACGUCUGUCUCCUAUGGCUGCUCCAGACAGUGUUGUGGAAGUGGUCGAAGCUGAGGACAUUGAUUCUGGUUCCAAUGCUGAGCUAGUAUACAGCAUUGCUGGGGGAAAUCCACAUGACCUUUUUUAUAUCACUCCAUCUAAUGGUGAGAUCACAUUAACCAAGGAACUAACUCGAAAACAUAAUGGUCUGCAUCGACUGGUGGUAAAGGUGAGCGAUAGGGGCAAACCUUCCCGCCACGCCAUUGCCUUGGUACACAUUUACGUAAAUGAAACCAUUGCCAACGUAAGUCAUGUGGAGGCACUUGUGGGGCAUAGCUUGUACACCCCACUAGACAUGGAUAUUGCAGGAGACCCAGAUUACGGUUUGGCUGCUCAAAGAAGCAACAUUGUAUAUGGCAGUUUAGCUGGAGUGGCGGGGGGGGGCAGGCAUCGCCUUCAAAGAGAAGCUAAGAGUGGUUAUCAGGCUGGCAAGAAGGAGACCAAAGAUUUGUAUGCCCCCAAGCAAGGGCCAAAAAGUGGCAAGGGGAGAAAGGGUAAAAAAGGUAAGCCACCAAAGUCACCUAAACCUCUUGGAGAGGAUGAGGAAGUCAGCCUUCAAAAAAGUCUGAAAUUUAACCUUGAUGGGGUCAACGACAGCCCCAGGAUUCAUUUGCCUCUGACAUAUCCGCCUGGAAGCCCUGACCUAGGCAGGCACUACCGUUCCAAUUCCCCAUUGCCCUCCAUCCAGCUCCAGGCCCAGUCCCCAUCUGCUAAAAAUUAA